CUCUGUUCUUCCCCUUUUCUUUUUAAAUCAAACCUUUCGUUUUUUUAAAUCCCAUUGCAUCUUCUUAUAUACCUCUCUCUCUUCAUCUCAGUGAUUGUAUCUUGCUUGUUUAUUUUUGAUCACAUGGCUGGGAUUUGCUGUGGUGUUGUUGGGGAGAGUGAACCGGCGGCACCGGCUGAUUCCGUUACUCGGACUUCUCUCAAACGGAGGUUGGAUCUACUCCCGUCGAUCAAGAUCGUCGCCAAAUCCGCCGUCGCUCCUCCGCUUGAAACCUGCCGUAAACGUCAGAAGCGUGAGACACCGUCUCUCGUUCCGACGUUACCGGAUCUGGAAUCGAAUAUGAAGGCGGGAUCAGCGGUUACGAAAUCAAAUUCGAUUUCUAGCUCCGCCACGGAGGAGGCAGGGAGCUCUUUCUUCUCCGAUGCGCCUAAGAUCGGUACGACGUCGGUUUGCGGGAAGAGGAGAGACAUGGAAGACGCCGUAUCUCUUCAUCCUUCGCUUCUCCGGAGAAACUCCGAGGAUAUUCACUUCUACGGCGUGUUCGACGGCCACGGCUGCUCUCACGUCGCGGAGAAGUGCAGAGAGCGGUUGCAUGAGAUAGUCAAGCACGAGGUUGAAGCUAUGGCCUCCGAUAACGAGUGGAAGGAGACGAUGGCGAAGAGCUUCCAGAAGAUGGAUAGAGAAGUGAGCCAGCGAGAUGCAAGCCGGAGCGCGAAGAGCUCAUGCCGAUGCGAAUUGCAGUCUCCUCAAUGGGACGCCGUUGGAUCCACCGCCGUCGUGUCCGUCGUCACGCCGGAGAAGAUCGUCGUAUCUAAUUGCGGCGACUCUCGCGCCGUGCUUUGCCGUAACGUUCUCGCCAUCCCUCUCUCUUCAGAUCAUAAGCCGGAUCGACCCGAUGAAUUGAAUCGGAUCCAGGAAGCGGGCGGGCGGGUUAUCUACUGGGACGGAGCUAGGGUCCUAGGAGUUCUCGCCAUGUCGAGAGCUAUUGGUGAUAACUACUUGAAACCGUAUGUGAUUCCGGAUCCGGAAGUAACCGUAACGGAUCGAACAGAGGAUGACGAGUGUUUGAUUCUGGCGAGUGAUGGACUCUGGGACGUUGUGACGAACGAGACGGCGUGUGGCGUGGCUCGCAUGUGUCUUAAAGGUGCUGAGGUGGCGGAAGGAGGAGGAGAUUCUGAUACGGCGCACAACGCGUGCUCCGAUGCGGCGUUGCUAUUGACGAAGCUGGCUCUGGCGAGACAGAGCUCUGAUAACGUGAGCGUUGUUGUGGUUGACUUGAGGAAAAGAAGGAAUAAUUGAGUAUCUUAAUUAGUGCUAUAAUUAGCAAUAGACUAGAUAAAUUGUUACAUAGCUAAUUGUAAUUUUUGUUGAUUUUAUUAUUUUUCUACUUUAGUUUUCUCUUGUUUUAGGUUUUUAAUCUGCUCUUAGUUCAGGCUUGGGAAGAAAAAGAGCUGAUUAAAAUGUUACAUUGUUUAAUUUUAAUUUAUCAUAUUAUUUGUUUAGCAAA